GACUACUGCGAUGUCUACCUCACCCACGACUCCAUGAGCGUCCGCAAAGCCCAUAACAGCGGUCGCAACCACCUCCGCAACGUCGUCGACUACUACAACCAAAUCGGCCAGGAGCAAGCCCAAACCGUCAUCGACUCCAUCACAAACUCCUACGCCGCAGAAGGCCAACAGGCCUCGAAUCCCCUCCUCCAAGCCCCCGGCGGCCUCGCCGGUGUCGGUCCCAGCGCAGGAGGUUUCCCACCACCCUUCUCCUUCCCCGGUAUGCUCCCCCCCUCUCUCUAUGUUUCCUAUCUAACGUCACCCAGGUCACCCAGGUAUGCCACCCCCUCCCUUCGGAAUGCCCCCCGGUCCCGGCGGCUCGCACCCGAACCUCCCGCCGAACCUUCCCUUCCCACCCCCGAACAUGCCGCCGGGCGCACUACCCUUCCCGCCGCCGUUCCCGCCCAAUAG